GGGUUGUCCGCCAUUUUACAUUCUGAACCGAGCUCUAUGUUUUUCUGAGGAUAGUGUAAAUAGUACUUAUUUUCUGUGGCAAGAUGGACCAAUUUGACGUGAUAGCAAAUCAGCCUAUUGUCAUAGAUAAUGUAUGUCAUAUUCUUGUCAACGAUAUCGUUCUCGGGAAGACUGACAAUUUUUUAAGGCUUGUAUCGAGUUCUGUAUUGAAAUCAGGUGUAGUUAACUUCUUAUAGGUCAAUAUUUUUAGUAUUUUAACCUUGAUUUCAAUCUAAUAGGGAUCAGGAGUCAUCAAAGCUGGAUUUGCUGGAGAUCAGAUUCCCAAAUAUCAUUUUCCAAAUUUGUAAGUUUCUUAUUAUUUUUGUCCUCAAACUUGUUCUUCAUCUCGAUUGUAAGGAAAAUGUUAAGUCCAUGUGUACAUAAUUUAAUUUUUGUGCUUAUGAUAAAUUAAAAGCGUAAUUUUCAAGUGAUCAAAUUGAUUGAUUGGCCCGACCCUUAUGACCAAUUUAUAUUGAGAGAAAAUAGUGUAAUUUGGAUUUCAGCUUUGAGUAUUGUAACCAGAAUCUUAACGAAUGGCUCUUAAGGCCAAUAUUUAAAUUUAGAUCUCUGGUGAAAGUGAUAUACAGUAAUGGCUUCGUAAACUUGCUUAUUGAGUAGAGUCCACUUAAGCUUGAAAUGACAAAAGCAAUUCAACAAAAUCCAACAAAUAGGAGCUGUUGUAUAUUCUAUUCUACAUCUGUGUGCUUUAUUUACCUAACAUUUUUUAAGGUCUUAAGGUUUUAGUCAAUCUUGUCCAGAUGUCCAGUUUUACCCUCUUUUAAAGGCUUAAAAAGUAAGCACACAACUAUAAAAUAUAAGAUACGAUAUGGAGGACAUAAUCAAAACUAUGUCAAAAUCUUGAAUGCGAAUGGUUAUUACCAGCCUGAUUUGAGCACCAAUGGACAGUGUAUGUGCCAUGCUUGUGACUGGACAGCAUAAUAGGACUGUUAUGCCUUAGUAAGUGAACAGUAUGCAUCAUGUGCACAUGCUGUUGCUGUGCUUUUCACCAAAUGAACUAUUAUUUUUUUAUGAAAAGGUGUAACCAAUGUCUAGUUUCUUUCUCAGCUUUUUUUCAUAUUUUUGAUAAUUACCAGGACUUUGUGUGGUCCAAUUUUGUCUGUAAUUAUACUUGUGACCAACAAAUCAGACUUCCGCUUCACGGUCGUCUGGUUUUUUUUUUUUUAAUAACUUGCAUGAUUACAGACUGAACUGGACUUUAAUCAGUCCUAUUACCUUUAUUAUUACCUAACAAAAAUUGCUGUCCAAUUACUUUGACAUGAUGCACAAGCUCUCUUAAAAGAAUGUACUGUCCUAUGGAAAACCAUCUCUAUUAUACAUGUAUUUUUCACCAGAAUGUGAACUAAAAAGGUUUUUCCAGGGACACUGUUUAUUGAUGUAUGUUGACACAUUUUUUAUGUCAGUGUGGGCAGACCCAAACAUGUUCGUGUCAUGGCUGGAGCCUUGGAGGGUGACACAUUUAUUGGACCUAAAGCUGAGGUGUGUGCUGUCAAAACUACUGCAAAAGAUUUUCUUGCUACCAUGGGUACACGACUUAAAGUCUGUUUAUGUUGAGUGAUGGAAAAUGAAUUGAGAAUUGUUUUAAUUGUUUGUUUUUUUUGUAAGAUUCUAGCACAAGCUGAGUUAGACUACUGAUUUAUUAUAUACAAAGUGGCUCACACUUAGUAGCGUAAGCUGAGUUAGACUACUGAUUUAUUAUAUACAAAGUAGCUCACACUUAGUGGUUCUUUAAUUAACAAAUGCCUUUCCCUUAUGCUGUCCUUUUCAGGAACACAGAGGCCUAUUAAAUAUCAAAUAUCCCAUGGAGGUAAGAGAUGAUCAAUUAUUUGCUAGCCUUGCAAUCCCUGGUCUGUGUAUCAGAUUGGUUAAUUGAUGCAUUUAUUGUUUUUGUAGUGAUGUACUGUGCAAAUCAGAACAAAAUAAUGUUAUUAUUAACAAGAUGCACCUCUCUUUAGUAUAUUACAAACAAUAUAGUAUGACUAUUUGAUGACAAUAAAUCAAUUAUCCUUUCCUAUCUGUGUUUUCAGCAUGGUGUUGUAAAAGACUGGAAUGACAUGGAAAGAAUUUGGCAGGUAGAUGGAUAUAAACUUUUAUGGAAUUUCUUUUCUUUUUUUUUUUUACAUUAUUUGCCAGACUGACAUUUGUUGUCAUUUUAACUCUUUUUUCAAGUAUAUAUACUCCAAAGACCAGCUUCAAACAUUUUCAGAAGAGGUAAACAUUUUAUCUGUGUCAUACAGUACUAAAAUUUCAUACUCUUUUACCAUUACCUUGGUACACCUGUAUGGACAGUAAUGUGAUGUGUGGUAAUUUUUUUCUUACUAGCAUCCUGUGCUAUUGACAGAAGCUCCCCUGAAUCCUCGAAGAAACAGAGAGAAAUCAGCGGAGGUUAGAAAUAAUGAAAAGAAUCAAGAAAUGGAUUUAUAUCAAAAUGGGGAGAUGGUUCUUUUAGGAAAGGUGAAAAUUUUGGAAAAAAGUUAGAGUAAAUUAUAAGUCAAUUCAGUAUGGUCUAAAAUGAAAAUCUUCUAAUUAAAGGUGACUUUCAAGUAUGUUUCCAUGGUGUACUCAUUUUUCUUUUGAUGCAAUUUUCCCACAGAUAUUCUUUGAAACAUUUAAUGUUCCAGCAUUGUUCAUAUCUAUGCAGGCAGUACUUAGUUUGUAAGUAAUGGUUUUUAAUUGAAUUCUUACCAUCUUUUUGCUUUUGUUCCUUAUUGGAAGUUCUGUUCAUGGGAUUCUUUUUUAAUGAGGAAACCCUGUCAUGAUUAUAUAUGAUAUUUACAGAAUAAUCUGGGCAAAAAGGUGAUAAUGGAAAUGAAAUAAUUUAAACAGUAGCUUAAAGGUGAUAAUGGAAAUAACAAGUGUUUAUGGCUGGCUCUAGGAGUGGGCAAGAUGAAGGGAAUCCUGUAUUCCGAUUGGUUAUGUUGUGGUUUAAAUUUACCUCUGUUUACAAACUCUUACUAAACAUUACUCUUUAGGUAUGCUUCAGGUCGUACCACAGGUGUGGUGUUAGAUUCUGGUGAUGGAGUGUCUCAUUCAGUCCCUAUUUAUGAAGGCUUUGCUAUGCCACACUCAAUUAUGAGGACAGACAUUGCUGGAAGGUAUGUUUUGGGUCAAAUAAUAAAAUGAAUCAAACUACUUUUUAUGUAAUGUACUGUUUAUUUAAUUCUCAUCUGGUGAGCAUUAAGUGGACCUUAAUUUCGAUUGGUUUGAGAGAGUAACUUAUUAUUCAUCACUUUACUUUGCACUGUCAACAGAGAUGUAACUGCCUAUUUAAGACUGCUUUUGAGAAAGGAAGGCUUCAACUUUCAUUCUUCAUCAGAGCUGGAAAUAGUAAGAACUAUUAAAGAGGUGAGAAAAUCUUGGAUUCUGUUUUGAAUACGUAUAUGUUGAAACUGCAAAUAUGCUUGUGAAUGGUCAAUGCAAAUACAUUUUUGAACAAAUGUAUAAAAAACUAAAAAUGUUUAACUCCUCUUUUUCCAGCGUGCUUGCUACCUUGCAAUUAACCCACAGAAAGAGGUAAGUGAAGGAGAUCUUAAUUGAUUUUAAACAUUCUGAGACAUAUUUAAUUUUGAUUUCAUUGCCUUGAUGUUUCCACUCAUUUUAUUGAGAAAAUGUCAGUGAUCAAAAUUAUUGAUCAAAUUUGCAGGAGUCGAUGGAAGGAGAAAGAAUGCAAUAUGCCCUACCAGAUGGAAGCAUCUUAGAGGUAAAAGACUUUUGCUUCAAAUAUUUCCUUAAACUGAACUAGAUAAAGGUUACAUCUCGUGAGUGUGACUUCAAUAACUACUGAAGCCUCUUUCAGUUUCAGGUUGAAUUGCUACUCCUUCACAUUAGUCUGUCAUAAGUUACCCUCUAUACCUACUGUUAUGCUGAGACAGAACCAUUAUGAUAAUGUUGAGAAAAUGUUCAGUUGCCUUUAAUUACUCAUGUCUUGUCUCGCUUAGGUUGGACCAGCACGUUUCAGAGCACCAGAACUUCUGUUUAGACCUGACUUGGUUGGAGAGGAAUGUGAAGGAAUCCAUGAAGUAAGGGAGACUGAUAUAACAGUACUGCCAAUUACAUUGAGCCAGAGUGUCUAGAACUUAAUAAUGGUCUCAUUUUUGUUUAGGUACUGGCAUUUGCUAUUCAAAAAUCUGACAUGGAUCUAAGACGAAUUCUCUAUUCGAACAUUGUGCUCUCUGGUGGCUCAACCUUGUUUAAAGGUAAGAAGAUUUGGUGUCACAUGAAGAAAAUACUAUCCAGCUGAUAAGUUUGCAUUAUUUCCCUUCCACUUUACUGGAUAAUGCAUUGAUGUUGUAAGCACAAGUAUCCUAGUAAUCCUGAUGGAAAGAUUUGAGUUUGUGUAUUUUGUGGUUCAAAAUUUUUCUUCAUUCAAACUGUUAUGACCCGUUUAAUUUUUAUUUUCCCUUGUCUUGCAAUCAAAAAAAAAAAUUAAUAAAUAAAGGUUGACCUGGCUUUUAAAACAAGGAAUUCAAUGCAAGGAAAAUUUUGAACUACAACACAUCAUCAGUUUCAAUUUUUCCUUUUUUACAGGUUUUGGAGAUAGGCUGCUGAGUGAAGUGAAGAAAUUGGCACCAAAAGAUAUUAAAAUUAGGGUUUGUAUACUCUCAAUAAUUCAUCUUGCACAAAAUUUCUUAAAGCUGCAUGUAACUACAGCAAAGGCUGGUUGAUGAGACGUAACAUUUCUGACUUUUUUUAUCAGUGUGACUGAAGGUAAUUCGAGUUCUAUUCCAUUUAUAUAUUUUUUGUCUGUCUUUAGAUUUCAGCUCCUCCAGAAAGGCUUUACUCAACAUGGUUUGGGUAAGUUCACCUCCCACUUGUUUGAAUACUUGUCAUGAUCCUUUUUCUCAGUAUGUUGUGGAACAUGUUUGGUUAUGAAAACCUAGCAUCUCAAAAUUCUUAGUUUUCCUUUUUUGUUUGUUAUUUUAGGGGCUCUAUUUUAGCAUCUCUAGACACAUUUAAGAAGAUGUGGGUGUCCAAAAAAGAAUAUGAUGAUGAGGGAGCCAGAGCCAUUCAUCGCAAGACCUUCUAAGCUACAUCAGGCUAUGCUAUAUGGUUUAAAUUAUAGAGAAAUCCAGAUAUAAGACAAGUGUCUUGUAAGUUGUACAUAUGGGCUUCGCUUCUCAGUUUUAUUCUGGUGAAAAGUUUGUGUAAUGUGUAGAAGGGGGUCUUAGGAAUGAGAUUUAAUGUCUUGAUUGCUUCCAGCAGUAAUAUGUGGAUGAACUCUCUUGUUCUCCAAGAAGUUAACUUAAAGAAACCCUGUGAAAGAAAGAAUUUUUUUCAAGGUUUUUUUUCAGCUUUGAAAUAUGGAGAUGAUGAAAAGCAGAUGGUGUUGUAUGUCAAGUUUUUUAGUGGUUCAACAGUUGUCUUACCUCCUGUACCAAGAGGUGAUGACUAUUUAUCUUAGAUGAUGCUUCUUAACUUAAUAGAAUCUAAGAAAACAUUCUCCUAGGAAGAACUAGAGAAAAAGCCUAGGAAAAUUGAAAUGGAAAUACAUGGGACAUUACAAGUUGGAUGAUAUAGGUUAUAUGAAGUUUUCAUCUGUGGGUGUCAUUUGCAGGUGCAAAAAUAAUUAUAGAAAUGGCAUUGGAGAGGCAGGGCAAAGAACCCUUUUGACAAGUUUGAAGUCAAUCAGCUCCUUUACAUUAAUUGUUUUGCUUUAUCUCCUUUCUGUGGACACCUUUCUUGAUCAAUUAUGAAAUUCUCCCUGCACUAUAAACGCCCUAUCAACCAGGCACUCUACAAGGAUUAAGGAAUUAACAAUAUACACAUGCUGUCUAAAUGUAAUGGGAGAAUGAAGAGUCAGAUCUCUGAUCGGGGUUUCAGCAGGUUAAACAAUUCUGUGGUGGGUGCACUUCUCUCUACACUUUUCACAAAGUGGUAGAUUGUAUUCCCCAAAGGAGAAGUAUGCUCCAGAGAUCAUGUUAUUUUUAUUUCCAUUUUUAAAGGUUUAUAUGAAAUUAUAGCACUAGUGACAUUGAGAUUCUAUCUAGUAGUCUAUAUUCCUGAAAAUUAUCUUUAAAUGUGCUAAAAAUUCAAAGGAAGAUGCCACUGUCUGUAAUCUUGCUCAGCAUUGUGGCUGCCACCUUUGAUGUUUCAAAGUUUCAUUCCCCUUUUUGUCAAAUCUUAGUAAUGUGUCUGAACAUAAAUGAGUUGCACAAAAAGGCAUUUUUAAAUUUUCAAUUUGUUUUUUUCUGACAGUUUGUUCUGAUUCCCACCCUUUAGGUGUUUUGUGAUAGGUUUCUGAAUUGUUUGUGUGCCAAUAAUCGACCAUACUCUCCAUUGUAGCACAAUUAAGGACAAUUUUUGAAGGAUGAAGGUACUUGUUGAAGUCUCAAAAGGCUGAAAUUACACAGAUGAGAAUUAUAUCUUCUUUCCCUAAAAGCCUUUCGCGGAGUGACCAAUAAAAAUGUCUCUUUGCAGUAUAAUUACAUUGUUAAGCAGGUAGUCUGAAUUGAGAAUUAUACUAGUCUAUAAACAACUUUAUAUAAUGCCAACUUCUCUUAACUAAACUUGUAAGAAAUGCUUGGAAGACUGUCAGGAAGACACUUACUUAAUACUUAUGGUUUCAUUAAAGACUAUCAUUUCACCAAUAGCAAAGAAAGAAAAUAAUUGUUAAUAUAAACAAUUGUCCUCAAUAGGAUUACUUGAUUUCUUAUUUAUAAAAAGAGCAUGGGUCUUGUUAUUUGGCAGGCAGUUAUGCAUACAAUAAUUUUAUCCAGGUCCAGUUUUGCAUUCUGAUCUUGUUUGUUGAUUAUAAACUGAUUCAGACAAGAAUGAUGGACAUUGACCUGUGAAAAAGAAUGAUGAGCAGUUAUUAAGCAGUGCCUUCAGGUACUGCAUGGACUAUAAGAUUAUACUAAGCCACAGGAGAUGUAAGAACUUUCUGUUUGUUUGCCUUGGUUAUUGGUACAGCUCAGCAGU